GGGCGGCGCCCAGGACCCUGGUGCGAGAGUUGGCGCCUGGCGCGCGGGGAGGGGCGGGAGACAGCGGUGGGAGGCGCCGGCAAGGGGCCCCCAGCUCCCGGAGCUCCAGUGCGAGGAGUGAAGGGAGCGUGGCGCCGGCACAGGCAGAGCAGCCCAGGGGCGAACGCCGCCCCGCGCACCUGACCGUGGCCAUGGCGCGCCCCGCGAACCUGCUGUCGGCGCUGUCUGUCCUGCUACUGCUGCUGCCGCUGCUCGGAGCCGGGGACCCCCUCCCCACAGAGGGCCGGCUCACGAGUAGCUGUAUCCAGGCCAGGAGGAAAUGCCAGGCCAAUCCGACUUGCAAUGCUGCUUACCACCACCUGAGCUCCUGCGCGGCUAGUGAAAGCACCCUGUCACCAGCAGAGGAGCCUUCCGUUUCUUUGGACUGCUUGGAGGCAGCACAGCACCUCAGGAACAGCUCUCUGAUGAGUUGCACGUGUCACCGGCGCAUGAAGAACCAAACUGCCUGCCUGGACAUCUACUGGACUGUUCACCCUGCCCGCAGCCUUGGUGACUAUGAGCCGGAUGUCUCCCCCUAUGAAGACACAGUGACCAGAAAACCCUGGAAAAUGAAUAUCAGCAAACUGAGCAUGCUCAAGCCAGACUCGGACCUCUGCCUUAAGUUCGCCAUGCUGUGCACUCUCAAUGACAAGUGUGACCGGCUGCGCAAGGCCUAUGGGGAGGCCUGCUCCUCGGGGCCCCACUGCCGGCGCUCCACCUGCCUCCAGCAGCUCCGUGCUUUCUUCGAGAAGGCAUCAGAGCCCCACGCGCAGGGCCUGCUGCUGUGCCCCUGUGCGCCGUCUGACCUGGGCUGCGGGCAGCGCAGGCGCAACACCAUCGCCCCCAGCUGCGCGCUGCCGUCCGGGACCCCCAACUGCCUGGACCUGCGGCGCCUCUGCCACGCGGACCCGCUGUGCAGAUCACGCCUGGCCGAUUUUCAGACCCAUUGUCAUCCCAUGGACAUCCUAGGGACCUGUGCUACAGAACAGUCCAGAUGUCUGCAAGCAUACAUGGGGCUGAUUGGAACUGCCAUGACCCCCAACUUCAUCAGCAACGUCAAUACCAGUGUUGCCUUAAGCUGUACCUGCCGAGGCAGUGGCAAUAUGCAGGAGGAGUGUGAGCGGUUGGAAGAGUUGUUUUCCCACAACCCCUGCCUCAUGGAGGCUAUUGCAGUUAAGAUGCGUUUGCACAGCCAGCUCUUCUCCCAGGACUGGACAGACUCUACCUUACCUGUGAUGGAACGCCAGAACAAAAACCUUGCUUUGAGGCCACAGCCAUGGAUGCCCUCUCUUUUCUCCUGCACACUUACCUUGAUUCUGCUCCCAAGUUUCUGAUAGCUGGACCUCCCUGGGGGCCCUCUUCCCCUCUACUACACCCAGCCUGACCUGCCGCCUGCAAGAAAUGAGGAAAGGACAGCAUCCAGAAGGAGGUGCAGUACACAACAUGACCACCCUGACAUCCCCACCAUUGCACAUCCACACAGUAGAAGCUGACUGGCUAAGUUCUCAUUCCCUCCACUGCUGACUCAGGCCACCCCUCCUUAGGAAUUGGUCACCAUGGUUUAACCAUAUCUUGUGGUGGUGACUGGCUCUACUAAGCUCCCUCCUGAUCCCUUCCUACCAGGAUCAUCAGGGUUUAACAAAUCAGUCAGUUGGUAUUGCAUGUUCCGGGUAGUCAGAGCUGGGUGUUCGGAGGCAGCGUAGAAACACAGUCCCCAUUGUUAGGGAGGCCAAAGCAAGAAUCCUGCUCCCAUGUCUCCUCAUCGGAAUGGAGGAUGGGAACCUGCUGCCUGUCCUGCCCUGGAAUCCUGCAGAGCAUUUGAGCAUCAGGAGCUGGACUAUUUAGGCCUUGAUUUCCUCCUGCUACUGCCCCAAAGUCCUCCCAGCCUCUUGGAUCAUGAUUAAACAUUUUGACUUAAAACUUUGCUCUUUUUCCAUUUUCACACAUUGUGAAUUUAUACAGAACUUGAGAUUUUACAGACAGAGGAGCACAGAACAGUGAUCAGGAGACAUAUCAACUCUGCCACCAACUGCUGUGUGACCUUAGGCAAGUCUCUCAGCCUCUCUGUGUACUUGACAUAGAGUUGGAAGAAGAAGAAAAAAUAGCUUAUGUGAGGCUGUGGAUCUGUAUCUGCUCAAGCUCCAGCCAUUCCUGGGAUACUGGCUGGGAUCUGUUAUAGCAGCUUAGAGGGGAGAGUCCUCAGUCAACCACAGUAUUUAUUGAGCACCUGCUUGUGUUAUUGGUCUGCUCCACAGUCUAAUGGGGCUUGAGGAAAGGGGAGACUGGUACUUGACCUAAUUAACACCCCUGUUGGGAUAAGGAAACAGCCACCUAUGCAAAGUAGUUGGAAGAAUAUAUUUACAGAGCUGUGGACAUUUUUCUGUUAACUCAUUCACUCACCCUUUCCAUAAGCACCUAAUGAGUGCUGGCUGCAAGGCACUGUGCUAAGUGCAGGAGAUUCCAAGGUAAUAAUACUCAGAUCCUGUUUUCAAGCCUUUCACAAGGCAGAGGAAUAGGCAAGACAGUCAAUCAAAAAUGCAGGUUGGUAAGUGCUGUGCAAUAAUCAUAACGAUAACCUCAGUUAUUGAACCCCUCCUGUGUGCAAGUACAUGUAUUAUUUUAAUCCUCCAACAACACUUGAUUUUGUCAGUCUUAUAACUAUGUGACCUUGGGCUUAACCUCUCUGGGCCUUAUUAUCCACAUCUGUAACAUGGAAGAAGCCUAGAAUCUACCUCAUAAGAAAUUAGAUAAGCCAUGUAAAAACAUUGUGACCAACAAAAAGUAAGAACUCAAAAGAUUUAGCAAUUAUAGUAUAAGGUUUUUGUAGAGAAUUCGGGUGAUAUAAAUAAUUAUCAAGAAGAAAUUAAAAACCUUUAAAAUCUCACUGUCAAACUUCCAAAUCUGCUCCCUACACAUCUGUGCACAUGAGAAUCUAUGGGUAUGUAUAAUUUUUACAUAAGGGGAGGCAGACACUGCAUAUCAAAGUGUAAGUCAAUCUUUCAGCAUCCAUGAGUAGAGCGCUUGGUCUACAUCACCCUUUUUAUCAGCUGUAGAACAUGGACUUGUAUGAAUUUAUAUUUCUACAUAUAUAGUUUAUUUAAUGA